AUGUCCUCUUCCGGGUUUUCCGUCGACGAGGCCGACCUCGAGAAGCUCAGUCCAGCAGACAAGGCCGAGCUGCGCCAGUUCUUUGCCAACGAGACCCAGCGCUCCCGUAUCCGUGCCCAAACACACGAACUCACCGGCGUCUGCUGGACCAAGUGUGUGCCCGCCGGCACCGUCAAGUCGGGGGCGCUUGCCUCGGGCGAGCAGACGUGCCUAGCGAAUUGCGUCGACCGGUUCAUGGAUGCCAAUCUUGCAACGUUGAAGCAUUUGAGUAGUAUGCGGAAGUAG